AUGGUUGUCCCUAAGGCUAAAGUACCGGAUGUUCUACAGCUGUACCAUAGUGGUUGUUCAGGAGGCCACCUGGGAGUUAAACGAACUCUACUGAAAAUCCGAGAACGGUUUUACUGGGUCCACUGUCGUGACGAUGUCGAGGACUGGUGCCGCAAAUGUACAAGUUGUGCGGCUGUAAAGGGACCUCAAAUUCGUAGUAGAGGCGCAUUGAAAUUGUACAAUGUUGGUGCACCAUGGGAGAGGAUAGCCAUUGACGUUGCGGGGCCGUUUCCGGAAAGUGAAAGUGGUAACAAGUAUUUCAUGGUUGUGAUGGAUUACUUCACUAAGUGGCCAGAAGUCUUCGCCAUUCCAAAUCAAGAAGCUUCAACAAUUGCAGAUAAACUAGUUCAUGAAGUCUUCUGUCGUUUUGGAGUACCUUUAGAGAUUCACAGCGAUCAAGGAAGGAAUUUCGAGUCUGAAAUAUUCCAGGAAACUUGCAGAGUUAUGGGUACUCAUAAAACACGAACAACUUCUUACCACCCACAAUCUGAUGGAAUGGUAGAACGAUUUAAUCAGACAUUGGAAAGGUACCUGGCAAAAGUUGUGGAAAAACGGCAACGAGACUGGGACAGGCACAUACAACCGUUUUUGUUGUCAUAUCGAAGCGCUGUUCACGAAAGUACAUCAUUGAUGCCAGCUUUCGCAAACCUUGGGAGAGAAUUACGGCUGCCUGCAGACCUGAUCACCGGAAUACCACCAAAUGCCCCACGCAGUAUAACCGAUUAUGCAAAUGACUUGCGGAACAAAAUGAAUGACAUUUAUGAGCACGUCAGACAGACGGGCCAGCAAACGUCUGAGAAGAUGAAAACACGGUAUGACCGCAAAAUAAACAACAAGGGGUUUGAUGAAGGUUCUCUAGUGUGGUUACACAAUCCAGUUCGCAGCAAAGGGAAAUCUCCUAAGCUUCAAGCUAAAUGGGACGGACCGUACCGGAUUGUGACAAGGAUCAAUGACGUAACCUACCGGAUACAGAAAGGUGCCAGAGGUACUCCUAAGAUUGUCCAUGGGGAUCGACUGGCGCGUUAUUAUGGAGCCAAUAAUGCUCGGGACGAGCAUGUCUUAGGAGGGGGCAGUGUUACGCGCCACUAUUAA